GAAGCGGGGCGGGGCCGGAAGGUGACCGGCAUCAUGGCGGGCACGCCGCCGCUGCGGGACCGCCUGAAUUUCCUGCACCGGCUCCCGACUCUCCUGAAGGGAACAUCGGAUGAUGACGUCCCGUGUCCAGGCUACUUGUUUGAGGAGAUUGCCAAAAUCUCCCACGAGUCCCUGGGCAGCAGCCAGUGCCUCCUUGAGUAUCUUCUGAACCGUCUGCACAGCGGCUCUGGCCGUGUGAAGCUCAAGGUGCUGAAGAUCAUGCUCCACCUGUGUGGUCAUGGCUCCCCAUCCUUCUUGCUCAUCCUCAAGCGGAACCCCACCUUCAUCCAGGAAGCCGCAGUUUUCGCAGGGCCCCCGGAUCCUCUCCAUGGGAACAGCUUGUACCAGAAGGUGCGGGCAGCCGCCCAGGACUUGGGGACUGCCUUGUUCUCUGACACCGUGUCACCUCUGCCGCCCUCCCAGCCUCCCAGGGCCUUGCCUCCAACAGGCAUGGGCUCCCAGUCCAGGCCCCAGAGUGCCCUCCAGGGCUUUGGCUACAGCAAGGAACGGGGCCACACAGGCUUUGCGAGUGAAGCCCUCCUCUCCACCAUCCAGAGGGCCGCAGAGGUGGUGGCCAAUGCUGUGCGCCCUGAGCCUGAGAGUCCCAGUACCCAGAGGCCCCCACCUCGGGGUGACGCCUACCAGCCUGCCGUGACGCCUUCAGCCAGCCAUGGCCACCCGACUCCUGGGCACCCACUCCCCAGAGCCAUUCCGGGUGCCCGAGCCACGAGACACCACCCUGGGCAGGCUGGAGGGGGCUGGGAUGAGCUGGACAGCCGCCCCAGCUCUCAGAAUUCUUCCCAGGAGAAUGGCAACCUGAGCAAGGUCUCAGACUCGGGUAGUUGGUCAGGCAGUGACAGCCCCUCUAGGGCCAGCUGGGCCCCCAGCGACAUGGCGGAAAGGGUCGAGGCCAUGACCCUGAGUGACUGCCAGCAGGAGUGGAGCCUGGUCCGGACUGUGAUACAGGGGUCACGCGCCUUCCUGAGCCGAGAGGAGGCUCAGCACUUCGUCAAAGAGUGUGGACUGCUCAACUGCGAGGCUGUGCUGGAGCUGCUGAUUCGCCACCUGGGUGGGACCAGCGAGUGCGUGCAGAUGAGAGCCCUGGGUGCCAUUGCUUCCCUCGGGUGCACUGACCUGCUCUCCCAGGAGCACAUCCUCCUCCUCACCCGGCCAUGGCUGCAGGAGCUCAGCACAGGCAGCCCUGGACCUGUGACCAACAAGGCCACCAAGAUCCUGAGGCACUUGGAAGCCUCCUGCGGACAGCAGCCCCCUGCCUGGAGGCCCCCGGCCAAUCCUGGCCCUGCAGCUGCCCACGUGGGCCCAUCCGACCUGCUGACUGACGUUGUGCCUUUCACUGGGGGCCAGGCGUUCCUGCAGCCUGUGAGCUCAGCCCUGUUCUCGCCCAAAGGCCCUGCGCACCCCCCUCCCCUGGAUGGCUCCUUACUCCCAGUGCCCAGGGACAACAGGGAGGCCAAGACCAGACUGGCAGGUUCCAAAGAGCAGGGGCCCAGAUCUGAGUGGGGCCCUUCAGGCACAGAUACCACAAAAGGAGUGCCAGAGCUCGGCCCAGGCCCCAGCGGCUGCCCAUGGAGCCCAUUGGCCAGCGGUGGACACAACUCCUUGUUUGCUGGCAUGGAGCUGGUGGCCUGUCCCCGCCUGGUGGGGGCUGGGACUGCUACAGAGGAGCCCCUCUCAGCCACCGGGGCCCCCUGGACGUUGUCACAGAGAGUAGCAGCAAAAGAGCCUCCUGGCUCAGAGCCAUCAGCUUUUGCAUUCUUAAACUCAUGACCAUGCCCGCUGAGCCUCGUGCAGAGUCUCUGUGUCCCUGGCCCAUGACUCCCAGGACCCCGUAACUUCGUGCUGUCUCCUCUGCCCACAGCCUCUCACGUCCCACCAAAGAGUGGUUCCCCUCCGGUGUCUGUGGUUGGCCUCGAUCUCCCUCUGGCCUCUUGCCCUCACCCACUGAGGACUUGGUGCGGGCAACUGCCCUUCCAGGCCAGCUCGCAGUAGACGAUAACCAAUCUACUGAUGAGAACAGCCACUGAUAAACCCUGGGUGAUGCUGCAGGAGUCCAGGAAUUAGCCAGAACCAGCACAGCGCUGUGGAAGGGAGUGGUCUUUGCCCACAGGGGUCAGCUCCCACCUCCUCAUCGAGGCCAGUUCCCCAUUUUCCUGCUGGAGGAGGCAGA